AUGUGGGCCUGCAGCCUGGAAGGACGAGUCUUCGAAAUCGAUGGAAGAACAGUGAAGAUCGAAGAGCAAUUCUCCGAGGUAUUAGACAGGGAACUGGGCCAGCGUCAUGUUCUAGCAAAGUGUAGAAACACUUUGACUCAAGUAUCCUUCUUCCUCAAGAUACGCUAUGAAAUGAACCCGAAAGACUUUGAUUUCGACGAUCACAAGGAGAUCCUAGAGAUCGCCGAGCAACAUUACUGCCAUGAAACUGAGCCUGUCGAACUCUUGGGCAACAAGGAACUUGGACUAAAAUAUAUCGCCCACGAAACUCAGGACCAGCCUGAGUGGAUGCCUUAUCCCGGCGGCUAUAUCGACUUCCUGGUCUUGAGGACUCCCUUGGGUCAGAAAGUCGAUGACAUCCAACACCUGCUCACUGAUAAGCAGUUGCACGCCAGUUAUCUCAACUACGAUAGCACCACGGACAAGCUUUAUCUAAUCGACCUUGAGGGCCUCGCAUACAUCAACUCGGCCACGUCUGUUGUGGUCGAUGAGGAGAGCCCCCAAGGAUCGUUCAAUAUCGACGUUAACCAAGCGAUUCUAAAACUGAAGGGUCACAACUGGCUCACCUGGCAGCGCAGCCUACGAAAUUACCUGAAAUCACGCGACGCACGUUCUUGGGAGCUCGUUCGUGGCCCCUACACCGCACCAGAAGAGCCUGAUUUCUAUCCAGAAGAUGCCAAUGAAAUACGACGCGUGUUCGCUGCAGAUUUUGAGGAAAGUGAGAUGAACCCAGUGAUGUCAACAUCAAAGAAGCCAUACAAGAAGCGAAGGAGCGAUAUCAACAAUUAG